ACAACAUGUACGUUAUUUUAGCGAUAGUGGCAGCGGUUGUUGUGCUUAUUCACCCUGCAAGUGGUAAGGAGCUAACACAAGAAGAAGCCCAGACUUUCUUACGAUUUCACGGUUAUUUUCAUAAUAACGAAUCAGCAGACGUCCAGAACCUAGAAUCAUUAGCUGAGGGUUUAAGCGAAUUUCAAGCUAUAUAUAAUCUGCCAGAGGAUGGAACAUUGAACCCCCAAACCGUUUCUUUUAUACGGAAUUAUUGGUGUGGUACUUCUGAUAAUUACUAUACGCUUCGCAAUAGCAAACAAGGCAAAUGGAAUACUAAUAAUUUAAAGUGGAAAAUUUACCCUCCAACCUCAUAUCUACCGCAUAGACAAAAAUAUGUAGGAAUAACGAGGCAGGCUUUCGAAAUGUGGUCUGCCAAUAGCAAUUUGCAGUUUGAGUAUGUCAACCCGUACUCGAAAAAAAAUAUUUCUGUAAAUAUAGUGAUUUCAUUUACGGAGGCAAACCAUACGUUCCAAAGAAUUAAUAGGCUGUGCCCUUUUCAUGUAUACGAGCCAGUGUUAGGGCACGCAUAUUUCCCUACUUUAAUGUCUACGACCGAGGAAGUUCACAUAGCAAAGAGAAGAAACUGGUAUUUGGAUGAGGAACCAAUCCCGCAAGGUUCUCUAAGUCUUUUGAGAGUUUUAACGCAUGAAAUAGGCCACGCCCUUGGUAUUGCGCAUUCUGCAAAUUAUAACUCUAUAAUGGCCAUGGCUUUAUCGUAUGAAAACAUAACGAAACUGUCGCAGGACGAUAUAUUAGCAAUUCAAGAAUUAUAUGGUUAUAAACAGAGGGUGGAAACAACAACAACAACAAGGGCGUCGACUACGACAACGACAACGACGACGACGACGACUACAUCACCGCCACCACCCACACAAGAAAUCAAUUUAAAAACUCCAAAAUUAUGUGAUUUAAAUUCAAAAAUGUCAAAUACUUCGUUUCUAAUUGUAAACAAUAAACUCUAUUUGUUUUAUAAAAAGUACGUGUGGCUGUUAAAUUUAAGCACUAAAGAAAUUCAAGAUACACCGCUUUUAAUAACUAAUUGGUUAAAUUUUUUACCUACAUCUUUUGAAAAAAUUGCGGGUAUUUAUCAAAAACCAAACAACGAUAUUGUAUUAUUCACUGAAAGUAUGAUUUAUAUUUUCGAAUACGGCUCGUUUAGGUUGCUUAGGCGUGAUCAUUUUAAUGUUAUUAUGCCUAAUUAUUCAACCAUACGGGGCGCUCUCAAUUCGUACCGCGGUAAAACGUACUGGUUUUUCGACAAUAAUAUGUUUAGUGAAAUUGAUGAUUGCCGCUUUUUACCGAAAAGUACCGCACUGAUAACAGAACACUUUACGGGUGUACCUAGUAAAAUAGAUUCGGUACUUCGGUACACUAAUGGUAUAACUUAUUUUCUUUAUAACGGAUAUUAUUACGGUUAUGACGAAUUUUCCAAUAGUUUAAAAGCAACCGGUAAACUUAACUUGGAUUUCUUUGGAAUAUCUUGUCCAAACAUUAGCUUAUUAGAAAAACUAAAAGUAUUGUUAAAUAAAAUUAUAAAUCAAAAUACAGUGUAA